UCGGCUGUGUGUCAUUCCGGGCUGAGCCGCAGACCUGCAGUAGUUAGCAUUAGCAAGCAAGUCAUUUCUUUCAUUCAUGGUCAGAAGAUUAACGGCGUUUGUUAAACCGUGAAAGACUGCGUUUCUCAUCUCCUCUCACGUUUUAAAAGGUUCAGUCCAGUGCUUGGCUCAGCACAGCUCAAUGGCAGUGGUACAGGAGGGGUCAUGGAAAAACCUGAGCUCAGGGAGGAAGGUGGUGCUGGCUGCAGGACUUUCUGUAGGGGCCACAGUGGGUUACAUCUUGUACCGUCAUAUUUGGAGCAACAGGGCUCAACAGCAAAAGACAGAACAGUCCAGGUUCUCUGUGCCCCUUGACGUGUACAGAUCUAUUACAAGGCACCAGAGCACCUUUCUGGAUCUAGUAAGUCAGAAGUCUGGAGCUCUGGUAAAUGUGCUGCCGAAUUCUGAGGAUCAGAGCGCCGUGUGCUUCUUACUCCAAGGCACAACACAGCAGAACCUCUUGGCUAAACAUGCUUUGGAGAAACUGGCAAGUGACAACGAGCUCAUCAAUGAUGUCUUGGAGGUGCCACAGACUGCCUUCGGACGAAUCAUAGGUCGUGGAGGUGAGACGCUGAAGUUGAUUAGCCGAACAUCAGGAGCUCGGGUGAACUGCCCACGUGAACGAGGUCGCAGCUUAGACGAAAAGGGCAAGGUUACAAUCACAGGGACACGUCAAGAAGUACAACGUGCUAAGGACUUGAUCAUGGAAAAGGUAAUGGAAAAUGAGACGGUACGAAAGCGGAUCAGCCAGUCCUCUGCUCUGCGCCAGAAAAGGAAAGCCCUAGAACUGGAACCAGUCCACAGACCUCAGGGCCCAGAAACUGAGCUCAUGCAGAACACAGAUGGAGAUGAUCUGCUCUCUCCGCUGACUGAAGUGGGACUUAUUCAGGCCAGCGGCUCGAAUGGGUUUGCCAGCACUGGGGACCACACAACGGAAAAUUCGCUUAGAUCAGAGGAAGAGGAGAUUUUCUCACCUACUUCACCACUGGAGUACUCUAAAUUUGAAAUCCCAAGUCCAGAUUUGAGCUUCCAGCCUGGUGAGCAUUUAGAGGUUUAUGUGUCUGCAUCAGAGAAUCCCCAACACUUUUGGAUCCAGAUCAUAGGUGUUCGAUCACUUCAGCUCGACAAACUGACUACUGAGAUGAGCCGUUUCUAUAAAGGAGACACGUUACAUGAACACCGAGUGGAUGCUAUAGUUGUAGGGGACAUUGUGGCUGCUCCUUAUCAGGACCACGGCACAUGGAACCGGGCUCGAGUGUUGGGCGUCAUGAGCUCUGGUUUGGUUGAUCUGUACUACGUGGACUUUGGAGACAGUGGAGAGCUGCCACGGGAUCAGUUACGCAGCCUGAGGAGCGAUUUCUUGAGCUUGCCCUUCCAAGCCAUCGAGUGUAGUCUGGCAGAAGUGCGUCCUGCAGGAGAUUUUUGGACGGAGGAUGCACUGGAUGACUUUGAGAGGCUGACGUAUUGUGCACAGUGGAAGCCUUUACUAGCCAAACUGUGCAGUUACUCACACACUGAGAUGUCUUCCUGGCCCAGUGUAAAGCUGUAUGAUAACAGCCAGGGAAAGGCUGUGGAUCUGGGUGAAGAGUUGAUUCACUUAGGCCACGCGGUGAGCUGUCAGGAUGAGGGGAGCGAGCUGAGAGGAGAUCAUGACGAGUCACGAUCUCUGCAGAAGUUGUUGGAUGACAUGACCGGGGCCACCUCAGAGUUGAGUAUGUCCUGCAUAAGCUUGUCAGAAGUCGCCUCAAUAUCUGGAAGUGUAGAUGAUGUUCUUGAAGAUGAGUUUAACUGAUAAAGGACCAAAGUCAAUAUGUAUUCAUAUUGGGUUUUUGUUCUGUCCUUUCCCCUCAGAGACUACCUACAAACACGCCGCUGGCAUGGACUUCAUGCAUCUGCAAUCACUGGCCUUAUCUGACUGUGCUCAUUGUUCUGUUCAUUUCUUUUUGUCACUUUAUUGUGUGUCCUAGAGUUACUGUCAACAUUACAGAUAUUGUGUUACUCAUUUUGUACUGAACUACUUGAGAAGAGUUAACUGAUGAUCAGAAGAGAAGUGGCACUCAGGGACACUGAAAGUGUGAGCUAUUGAAAGGAACCUCAGUAUUAUUCUAGUUGUGCACUUGGGUGAUUUAAAUAGUUUUUAAUGGAAACCAUUUGUAAUUAAUUUACUGAACUUUUGUUAUUUAUGUUGUGCAUUUCAGGGUUUAUUAACAUGCUCACAAACAUAAGUAUAUUAAUAUAAUAAAAUAGAGUAUUGUACUAAA